UCAGCAACCAACCAGUGGUUCAUCCCAGCCGUGAGAGGGGACAUCCCUCCUGGGUGUGCAGCCUAUGGCUUCGUGUGCGAUGGGACUCGCCUGCUGGUGUUUGGUGGGAUGGUGGAGUAUGGGAAAUACAGCAAUGACCUCUACGAGCUCCAGGCAAGCCGGUGGGAGUGGAAGAGACUCAAAGCGAAGACGCCCAAAAACGGGCCUCCUCCAUGUCCUCGGCUCGGGCACAGCUUCUCCCUUGUGGGUAACAAGUGCUACCUGUUUGGGGGUCUGGCCAACGACAGCGAGGACCCCAAGAACAACAUUCCGAGGCCUGUGGCCAAGGCUUUCUGUUUGGAGGUCGUCCCAAGUCGACGCCCCCUCUUGCUCUGUGGAGGCCGUCGGAUAAUGCCCGGCUUUGUGUGUGCCGCAGCCCAGAGGGCCCUGCCGCACAGCCUCGUGCGGCCCGGCCCGCCGCUGCAGCGGGGCUCGCCCUAG